AAAAAUUAAAUAAUUUUUAACAUAAAAAUUAGUUCGUUUUUUUUCAAAACAUAAAAUGAUUACCAUGAACGAAUUAGUGGAUUUAAGAAUGCAACAACAAAUUGCCCAAGAGAUUAUCUAUCGCCAACAGAUAAUGCAACGGAUACCUGAUCCAUUUGCUGCGGCCAUGAUGCCCUCAAUGCACUUGCCACCACACAUGCUAAUGCCUUCCCAUCCCCCUCUUCCGGGGGUCGAGGCUAAGUUGGAGAACAAAGACUUGUGGCAGCAAUUUCAUAAAAUCGGCACCGAAAUGAUCAUCACCAAGACUGGAAGACGUAUGUUCCCCUCCAUGCGUGUCUCCCUCAAGGGCUUGGAAGAAGAAUCCCAAUAUUGUGUUCUUGUAGAAAUGGUACCUGUCGGAGAUUGUCGUUACAAAUUCUCCGGUUCCCAGUGGGUACCAGCCGGUGGUGCUGAACCCCAAUCACCACAGAGAAUGUACCUGCAUCCCGACAGUCCAGCCAGCGGCUCACAUUGGCAAGCUCAGCCCAUCCUCUUCAACAAAGUAAAGCUAACCAACAAUACUCUGGACAACAACGGUCAUGUGGUCUUGGCCAGCAUGCACAAAUAUCAGCCACGUAUCCAUGUCAUACGCACCAAUGACCUAUCCCAAAUACCCUGGGCCCCGCAACAGGCUUUUGUUUUUCCCGAAACGGAAUUUGUGGCCGUCACAGCAUAUCAAAACGAUCGUAUUACCAAGCUGAAAAUCGACAACAAUCCCUUUGCAAAAGGUUUUCGUGAAACCGGCCAAUCGAAAUGUAAAAGGAAAAUGUCCCUCUCGCCAGCCCUGUCAGAUGACCAGAAUGCCAAUAGCUCGUCACACACCGAUGAUGAUCAAUCGAGUAUUGCCAGUAGCCAGGAUUCACCACCGUCGGCCACGCAUCACAAUAAACGUUUCUGCAGUCGUGAGGAACCUUUGCCCUACAUGGACUUGAAUGGAGCCAUGCGUUAUGCCAUGCAACAACAAUCGGCUGCCACAGCUGCUGCCCUGAUGAAUGAUUUUGCGCCGAGCUUCUUCCCACAAAUGCCGUCGGUAGUGCAAGCCUCUCCAGCCUCCAUGUAUAUGAGUCAUGCCGCUUCGUAUAUGGAUGCCAUGGCAAUGCAACAACGUCUACCUUUUGCGUAUCAACAGCAUUCCGCGCAAUCGGAUAAUGAGGACAAUUCCAGCCAGGUGGAACAGACCAACGAAUUAUAUGUGGAUGUAGUUAGUACCUCAUCGGAGGAUUAUCACAACAACGCCACAACACCCUCAGCAUCACCAGCCAGCAAAUCAUGUCAAUCGCUGCCACAGACGCCAGCUUCAGUGAUAUCAGCCACCACCUCUCCCAAGAGAUCGAAUUCCUCCGAUUCCUUGUUGUCCUGUGUUGGUGAUAUGCCAACUAAACGUUCCAGUUUCAGUAUUUCUUCUAUACUGGGAAGUAAUACCAGAAAUGUAGUGACUGUUUAAAUCACUGACUUCUUGAGACAUCCUGACCCACCACCUCCCUUUCCCCUUUCAUCAAUGAGCUUUAGGUGCAUAAUUUGAUUGGAUUUUUUUCGAUUUUAUUAUUUAAAUUAAAUUUUAUAUGCUGAGCAUGUUAGAAGUUAAGUUAAUAUUUCCCAGCAAAUCGAGUGUAGAUUAGGUUUUUUAUACCUAUUUGUAUAUGUAUGUGUAUUAUAGUUUUAGGACAAAAAAGUAAUAAUAAUUUAUUUUAUAUUUAAUUUUAAUAAUUUUAUACGAAAAGAAUUAAAUCUACUUGAAAAUACAAAAUAUAAUACUCAA